AUGGUUCCAGCUCCAGGCUUUAGCCAUCUCCAUCCACUUAUUGAGUUCUCAAAACGACUCGCCGUUCAUCAACCUCACUUCCACCUCGCCUUCUCCAUCCCUACACUUGGUCCUCCUUCUCCAGCUAUCAUUUCCAUCUUCGAAUCUAUCCCACCACAAAUAGACUUUACUAUUCUUCCACAAAUCAACAUGGAAGACCUCAAAGCUCAAAACACAGAAACACAAAGUUGCAUAUGCCUCCAAGGAAAGGAUCUUAUGGAUCCAGUUCAAGAAAGAUCUAGUCAAGCUUACAAAACAAUCCUUCAUGCAUGCAAAAAGUACUGUUCACUUGAUGGGAUCUUAGUGAACAGCUUUGUAGAUUUGGAACGAGAGGUAGUAACAGCUCUACAACAAAGUAAUCAAAACCACCCUUUGGUUUAUCACGUGGGCCCUAUUAUACAGACAAGAAAGACAAACAUAAAUGAGUCGAAUUCAGAGUGUUUAACAGGGUUAACAGGGUUGGGCCAUCAGUCACGAAACCCAGUUCUCUAUAUCUCUUUUGAGAGUGGUGGAACUUUGUCAAAUGACCAGCUUGAGGAGCUAGCCUUAGAGUUAGAGAUGAGUGGCCACAAGUUCCUGUGGGUCUUGAGGACUCCAAGUGAAGUGGCCAAUUCGGGUUAUUUGAGUGCACGGAAGGAUGAUCCACUUGAUUACUUGCCUAAAGGAUUUCUAAAGAAAACCAAUGGCCACGGGUUUGUGGUCCAAUCAUGGGCCCCACAGAUAGAAGUUCUGAAACAUGAAUCCACAGGUGGAUUCUUGACUCAUUGUGGUCGGAACUCAACGCUCGAGGCUAUGGUCUGUAGCAAGCCAAUGAUCAUGGGGCCAUUAUUUGCAGAGCAGAGGAUGAAUGCAGUGAUGCUAACUGAGCAAUUUAAGGUUACAAUAAGACCGAAAGUUUACGAGAAUAAGAAUGGUAUUGUAAGGAGAGAGGAAGUUGCUAGAGUUGUGAAAAUAUUAAUGGAAGGUGAUGAAGGCAGAAAACUUCAAACAAAAAUUCCAGUGUUUAAAGAUGCUGCUGCUAAAGCCCUAAGUGAAGACGUGAACAGCUUCGCAGAUCUGGAACAAGAGGUACUAACAGCUCCACAAGAAAAUAAUCAAAACUGGCCUUUGGUUUAUGCUGUGGGGCCUAUUAUACAGACAAGAUCGACAAACAUGAAUGAGUCUAGUUCAGAGUGUUUAACUUGGCUGGAAAAUCAGCCGCGAAACUCAGUUCUAUACGUCUCUUUUGGAAGUGGUGGAACAUUAUCACAAGAGCAGCUUGAAGAGCUAGCCUUUGAGUUAGAAAUGAGUGGCCACAAGUUCUUGUGGGUGUUGAGGGCUCCAAAUGAAGUGGCUAGUUCGGCUUUGUAG